CUUGCUUUCCACGGACAUCCCCUACAUUGCGGACUUUGUGUAUCUCCAGUUGUAGAACAUAUUUAAUUGAAAACUUUUUGGACUAAGCAUUUCAAAAUGGAUACGUCUAGACUAUUUCGCGUCGAGGGGAUCGUAGCCGUCAUUACCGGCGGUGGAUCUGGAAUCGGUCUCACGAUGGCCAAGGCGUUGGCGGGAGCUGGUGCAAAGAAAGUGUAUAUCCUCGGGCGGCGACGGGAAGUGCUCGAAAAAGCUGCAGCCUCACAACCAUGUUUUGUCCCCGUCCAAUGCGAUAUCACCGAGAAAGCCUCCCUCCAAUCGGCCGUCGACUUUAUAACCAAAGAUAUCGGAUACGUUAACUUGUUUAUCGCUAACUCAGGCACGUACGGUCCUAGGAAAGCUUGGAACAACCUGCCCGUCAAGGAGCUUCGGAAGCAAUUGUUCGAAGAUGCUUCUAUGGAGGAAUUCACAGACACCUUUCGCCUCAAUGUAACCGGAACAUUAUUCUCCUUCCUCGCAUUCCUGGAGCUUCUUGAUGAGGGUAACAAGAGGUCUUUAAAUGGAGGAUUUGGGGCUCCAGACAAGAAAGGUAGCGACGCCCCAUCAAUCCAGAGUCAGAUUAUCAUCACUAGCAGCGUCUCGGCCUUCGCCCGGUUCCCAUAUGCUCCUCUGGGCUACGGCAUAAGCAAACACGCGCUCGUCCACUUGGCCAAAAUGGCAAGUUCGAACCUUGCCCAGCACAGCAUCCGAGUUAAUGCGAUUUGCCCAGGGUUGUACCCUUCCGAGAUGGCCGACGUAUUGAUAUCAGGACGUGACCCUUCUAAAGAGGCUCCAAAUGACCCUAGAUUUAUCCCGGCUAGAAAGUUUGGCAGCGACGAUGAUAUGGGUGGGACCAUUCUUUAUCUAGCCAGCAGGGCAGGUAGUUUCUGUAACGGAAUGAUCCUUCUGCACGAUGGCGGCAAGGUAUCGACGGUUCUGGCCGACUAUUAGGGCAGGUAACUGAUCACUGUCGUGGUCGACGCCGAUAGCUUUGUCUCUAGUGCUUUGGUUUGGACAUAAGCACCUCGGUGGAUUUCAUUCAUUGGUAAGGGCUCCCUAGGAGCAAUACUUGUAUUACCGUCUAGGGCCUAGAUAGCUGGAGAUUGUACAGAUUAUUUAGAAAGUGACACAUUCUGUCGUUUAAAUAGAUCAA